CUGGUGACGAAGGGGUGGACUGUCUUUUCACAUAACAAUUACUGAAGCCUAUCAUAUUGAUAGCUUCCAAUAGUUCAUCAAUUUGUGAAUGAUCAAUACAUUUUUACUACAGGCUCGCGAGAUAACAGGACAUGUUAGCGCCCGCUGGUUAUCUUCCAAGCAAUCAAUAAGCUAGCUAGCUGUUUUGUUGGAAAGGAAGAAGUCCACCCGAAAAGAACGAGGCCUGGGGAGAAUUAUGGCAGCAACGCCGGUAGCUAAUCGAUAGAUAGGUAUCUGCACAGAGGGAGCGUCCCAUAAUGACACCAACUGACAACCUUGCAGAAUUUUAGCAACAAACAUAAACAAGAGCCAAAUGGUUUUGCAAGCAUUCGAACAUGGGUGACAUGAAGACCCCUGAUUUUGAUGAUCUUUUGGCUGCCUUUGACAUCCCCGAUGCCACCAGUUUGGAUGCCAAAGAGACCAUCCAGGAGAGUCACGAUGAGGCAGAAGGUCAGCUGAAACACACAGGGAUGUGUAUGGAUGACAGUUUAUCUGUUCAUCAAGCUGUGGGUGCAUCUGAUGUACCUGCUGUCAGUGUUAUAGUGAAGAACACAAGUCGCCAGGAGUCGUCUGAUAGUGGUGGAGAGAGAGAGGGCCCACACUUUGGACACCCAUUGCAAAAUGGUUUCAGGGGGUCAGGGGCCGCCAUGGAGUCUCAUCAGAUAGACCACAGUGGUUCUAAGUCUUUUGUGUCUGCUUUGAAUGGGGAUGGCUCAAGAGGACUCUUAGGGAAGACCCCCGUCCAGCACAAACUUGAAGGAACGCCAUCCUUCUCACACUCCUUUUCCCAGUUCAGCCCCAUCUCUAGUCCAGAAUCUGAAGACAGCCGAAGCAAUGGAGUUGAUAUCCGUCCAAAACAAGAGAGACCCUACUUCCCUGCUGCCUCUAUAUUUAUGUCUGCAGAACCCCCAAUGUCAGACAAUCAGAAAAAACAGCUGUCUUACAGCAUGUUUGACAAGUGCCAUGAAGUAGACUGUGACGUACCUGAGAGCCUUCCAAGAAGCAAAAGAGAAUCUAUCGAAGCAGAGGAUACCAGGACAGAGAAGCCUGACAGUAAUGUCAGUGACCAGAAGGAAAAGGGAGAUUGUCAUAGUAGUGCAAUGCUCCCUACAAAUGAUCAUAACACUAUUGAGUCAAGCAGUAAUGUUAAUAUAGUGGCAGCGUCUAAUAUGCCCACCUCUCAUCCAUGUGUCAAAACUCCAACAUCAAAACUAUCGUCAUGCCUUGAGGCAUUAGUGGCUCUAAAUGCCAGAAAGGAUCCCAGUGAACAACCAAACUAUCAAGACUUAUCAUUGGCUCAUGAUGGUACCAUAAAGGUUAGUCCAAAAGUGCCCAUGUCACCACAAAGUCCCAGGAGUCCUCUUGAAGCUGUGAAGCGGUUAAUGAAACCACCUGACAGUCCUGUCAGCAUUUGCAGUAACAGCAGUGGCAAGGGAUCCCCUGCACUGGCAUCUGGCUCACCCCCAGCCAUACCGAGGGUCAGAAUAAAGACCAUUAAAACCACGACUGGGAAAAUCCAGCGCACGGUUACCAGUGUAGUACCUGAUUCAGAAAACGAGGACGUUCACUCUGUUGAGUCCUCUCCAUCUCAGAGUAUUGUUGAGGAUGCCUACCCUGGUUUGUCUCCCUAUCCCUCUCAUAAUGUGAUAAGUGAUAUUAUUGUUGAUAUGCCCAUCAAAAGUACACCAGUUGGUGCUCUGCCAUCAAAGGUUACUGAUACUAAAUUAGAGGGGUACUCCAAGAGGCCAGGACAAAUGCAGUCCGCAACUAUUUUUCAUAAUACAAGUAGUCCUGUUAUGAGGUCUAUGCCAGUUGCCCAGCAUGGGCCUUCUACACAAAAGAGGAUUUCAUCAGUUCAAACAGGCAACUCUCCCAAUACAAGCUUGCUUCCCAAGGCAAUGCACUUAGCUAACCUGAACCUAGUCCCUCACAGUGUUGCUGCCUCAGUCGCAGCACGCUCCACCUCCCAUCAACAGAGCCAACAACACACACUUUCCUCUUCUAUGGUGUGCAGCACUGUCCCAUUGGUACACCAAGUGAAAAAAGCUGCCCCUAAUCCACGUGCUGCCAUUCCUAGCACAGCAGCAGGAACUUUAAACAGACUGUUAAAUAAUGCCAACCCUGUACCCACAUAUGUACCCAACCUAAACCCACCACCUGAGAGCAACAUCAACUUGCCACCACGUGGAUAUUGCUGCCUGGAGUGUGGGGACUCCUUUGGGGUAGAGAGGAGUCUUGCUUAUCAUUAUGGCAGGAGGAGUGUGCACAUUGAAGUAGCCUGCACCCACUGUGCUAAGACCAUGGUAUUCUUCAACAAGUGUGCCCUGCUGGCACAUGCACGGGAACAUAAGAACAAAGGUGUGGUGAUGCAGUGCACACAGCUCUCCAUGAAGCCCAUAGCAGAGGGACAGAUGUUUGCACCCUUGAUCACUGAAUCCUCUGUGCAUGUGGGCUCCCAUGUGCCCCCAUUAUCCUCACCUAAAAGCCAACCAGUCAUGCCCCUCUAUCCAGACAAAGUCAUCCGCCACAGACUCCGCUGCCUCGAGUGUAACAAGCAGCUAUCAGACUACAAAGGUCUCGCAGGCCAUUACCAGAGGUUGUCGGAAGAAAUGGAGGGACUGAUGUGUAAGGUGUGCUCAAUGCUGCUACCCAACAAGUGCAGCUACCGGGCUCACCAGCGUAUUCAUGCCCACAAGUCCCCUUAUUGCUGCCCUGAGUGUGGAGCACUGAGUCGCUCCGUGGACAUACAGAAGCAUGUGAAGGAGAACUGUCUUCACUAUGCACGCAAGGCUGGCUAUAAGUGUCUUCAUUGUGAUAUGGUUUUCACGUCAUUUAAUGUGCAGAAGAGUCACAUUGAGGAGAAACACUGUGAGGUCUUCUAUAAGUGCACCAUCUGUCCUGUUGCUUUCAAGUCUUCUGGUGGAUGUCAAAUGCAUUUGACAACUAAGCACAAUGCCAGCAAAGUGUCCCCUCAGUUAAUCUUCAAGUGUUCUUGUGAAACAGUGUUCAAGAAAAAGCAGUUAUUGCUUCAGCACUUCUAUCAGAACGCCAAAAAGCGUGCUACCUGUGUGUUCAAGUGCCCUGAGUGCACUUCAAUCUUCACCCAAAAGCAGCCGUUAAUGCAGCACUUCAAGGGGGUGCAUGGAGGAAUCUUCAAAGAGGAGGUGGAGAAAAGCACAAAACCACCAGAGAUGACUGCACAGCACCAAGAUGUUACCUCGGGAUUCCACCAGCCAAAGGUAAACACUCCCAUUAAACACUCAGAUGGAACCAGAAAAAGGGCCAACUUGGCCGCUCGAGACAGCAACCCCAAUCUGAAGAAUGCUGGCUGGAACUGUGGAGAGUGCCUACACUGGCUGCCUGACCGAGAAGCCUAUGUCUCUCACAUGAAGAAAAGCCAUGGGAGGUCAUUGAAGAGUUAUCCAUGCCGGCAGUGUGAGAGGUCUUUCAAUUCCUCUACAAGUUUGAGAAGACACAUUCGCAAUGACCACGAUGGAAAGAAAAAUACAUUUACCUGCUGGUAUUGCACAGAUGAGAGGACAACAUUCACUACAAACAUCAUGUUGAAGAACCACAUCAGUUUGAUGCAUGGGAUCAAAAAUCCAGACUUCAGUCUGUUAAAAUCAGCCCCUCUGGAUAGCAGUAAAGCCUUGGGAGAGGGGCCUGUUUCAAAGAGACCUGCUGUGGAGUCUGAGGGGAAGGAAGGCGCUGCCCUAGAAGGCUCCCCCGCCAAGCGUCUGAAACAUCAGUUUCGCUGCUCAAAGUGUGGCUUCACCACAGAGGAUGGCACACAGUUCCAGAAGCACAUACCUCAGCAUAAAACUGAUGAAAACACUCCCCAAUGCCUGCACUGUGGAUUAUGUUUUGCAUCCCAGCUAUCUCUCAACAGACACCUGUUUAUUGUGCACAAAGUCAAAGAGCCUGAAGAAGAGAGGAAAGAAAGGAUGGACAUGGAGUACGAGUGCAGAAAGAAGCAGGAAGAGGACGUGGGGAAAGCAGUGGGUGUGAAUGAGAGAGAGGACUUGCCACCACCAUUAGUUAAAUCUGACCCCCAACGGCCAGAGGAUCCAACCAGGUUGCACUGUGAGCCUGCAGUAAGACUGACUGUAAAUCCACAUACAGCUUUCACCUAGAGUUUCAUGGAUAGUGUCAUCAGCAGGCAAAAUAAAAUCAAUGAGAGCAAUUUUGAACUUCAUAAAAGCUGCGAUCUCCAUUUCCUUGGGUAAUAGUAGUUUAACUUCAGAUGCUUGACAUGCUGCACUAAAGUGGUACCUUUUUUAUUUUUUGCCUUUAAACUAAAUGCUUUUUGUGUUUCUCAAAGCCUUGGUACUGGCAGUUGUUCCAAAUCAAUUGAGAAGAUUAAAUUAAUUUUGGGAAAAGAUUAUCAUGAAUUAUUUACUUUAUUUUACCUUUGAAGCUUGCAAGUUUUGUAUUGUAUUAAAUGUCUUUAAAUGCCUCUGGUACAUAACCACACCCACCUGUAAAGGCACAGGGUCUGGUUCAUCAGUAUUCUCUAGUGACCCCAGUUAUAUCAGUUACGUCCCUCAGGCUUACCUCAUAUUUAGUUUACAUUUACAUUUAAGUCAUUUAGCAGACGCUCUUAUCCAGAGCGACUUACAAGUUUCAUAUCAUAAUGACUUUGCUUUAGUGUAUGGAAGCCAUAUCAUAUGCUUGGUUUCAUAUUUUUGGCCUUAUUAAAUGCAUAAUAAUAGAUGGCGCUUCAAGCAGGUCGUGGCUAAACUGAUGUUAUGUAACAGUAUUACAACUUCUAUCAUACUGUAUGUUGAAAUAUUUACUCUUACCUAGGUACCAUUUAGCACAGAUUAUAUAUUUUAUAUCCAUUCCAUACCAAAAAUAGUUUCACAUUCAUUUAUUAUGAAAGCCGGCUAAACUACCCAAAUAGCACUUUUCUACAAGAUCAAAUACAGGUGUUGGAGUUAAAUGCCUUGCUAAAAGAUAUUACCUUUUUUUUACUACUGAUUUUGUAGCUUGGUAAAAGUGAGCUUUCAUUAAUUUGAAAUGCUCUUAUAUCUAUAUUCAACGUAGUGGUGACUUGUCUUAGUGAUGUCAUUGAUGUUUUUCUUGGUUAAUUGUUAUCUUUGGUGAGUGUGAGAAAGCAUCUGUUUUGCAAGAUAAUGCAGGGUGUUGGAAGUGGCUCAUUGCCAGCAGUGUACUAAGGCAAUUAAACGAGCAGUGAUUUAAAUGUAAAGGGUUAGAGCAUGUCUGAGUGCAUGUGAACAUUUUGAAAUAAGCUGAUGAUGGAGACCUGUGCGGCUGUUUCUACCUCCAUGGUGUAUGGCAGUGAUUGUUAAACUUGGGAUGUUUUGGGAGAUUUCACCUUUUGUUGCAAGCAAUGUAAAAUUAAUUGUUAUUAUUCUCAAUGUAUAUUAUCUCCCACAAUAUUAAAUUUUAUAAAUUACUUUGGAGAUUAUUUAUAGUCACAUUGACUUAUCUUGUAAACUUUCUAUUAAAGUGCUGUAUGAACUGUUCAUUUUCUAGUGGUUAUCUGAUAGUCAGUGUUCACCCGAAACAGAGCCACUGUUAAAACGCAGUGUCUAUGAAACUUCACAUCUCAGUGUUUUUAUAUAGCCUGUCAAGAGAAACUUUGUACUUUUGAUAAUAUGUACAAUAUUAUGGACAUGUAAACUAAUCCAUCAUGUACACAGUAGCUAAUGAACCCUUUAUAUUUGCAGCAUUUCUUAAUCCAUCACAUAUAUAUUCAACCUGCAUCGGCCAUUGUGCCUUGCUGUAAUGUUUACUUCAAAUAACUGCAAAUAAACAUGAACGUGUCAGCAUAAG